CGGGGCGGGGCGUGGGGCGGGGCGUUGCCCAGCGCAGGCCGCGGCGGCCCCGGAGUAACCCGGAGCUGCAGACAGCCUGCCGGCCCGCAGCCCUGAUCGCGGUCUCCGCGCCCCUCUUCGGCCUUGGGCGCGAGCACGCGGGGCUCCGCGGGGCUGGCCGCCCACCGAGCCCCCGCCCGCGCCGGACCCCGUGGCGACCCGGAGCCGCCCCGCUCGCGCACGCGGAAGUGCUCAGUUCUGAAUGUGCUUCGGAAAGUGGAGAAGAAAAUCCAGUCUGCUUUUUGGGGAAGACUGGACAACCGAAUAAAUGCAGUAUCUAAACAUAAAAGAGGACUGCAGUGCCAUGGCUUUCUGCGCUAAAAUACGGAGCUCCAAGAAGGCGGAGGCGGACCUGGAGGCACCCGAGCUGGGGGUGGAGGUGACCUUCUACCUGCCGGACAGGGAGCCCCUGCGACUGAGCAGUGGCGAGUACACGGCGGAGGAGCUGUGCAUCAGGGCUGCGCAGGAGUGCCGUAUCUCUCCUCUGUGCCACAACCUCUUUGCCCUGUACGAUGAGAGUGCCAGGCUGUGGUAUGCUCCCAACCGCACCAUCACUGUGGAUAACAAGAUGUCGCUCCGGCUCCACUAUCGGAUGAGGUUCUACUUCACCAACUGGCACGGCACCAAUGACAGUGAGCAGUCGGUGUGGCGACACUCUCCCAGGAAGCAAAAGAAUGGCUAUGAGAAGAAGAAGGCACCUGAUGCAACCCCACUGCUGGACGCCAGCUCUCUGGAGUACCUGUUUGCCCAGGGACAGUAUGAUUUGGUGAAGUGCCUGGCUCCCAUUCGAGACCCUAAGACGGAGCAGGAUGGCCAUGACAUUGAGAACGAGUGUCUGGGGAUGGCUGUCCUGGCCAUCUCACACUAUGCCAUGAUGAAGAAAAUGCAGCUGCCAGAGCUGCCCAAGGACAUCAGCUACAAGCGCUAUAUCCCAGAAACACUGAAUAAGUCCAUCAGACAGAGGAACCUUCUCACCAGGAUGCGGAUAAAUAAUGUUUUCAAGGAUUUCCUGAAAGAGUUCAACAACAAGACCAUCUGUGACAGCAGUGUGUCCACACACGACCUGAAGGUGAAGUACCUGGCUACCUUGGAGACCUUGACGAAACAUUAUGGUGCCGAAAUAUUCGAGACUUCUGUGUUACUGAUCUCAUCAGAAAAUGAGAUGAGCUGGCUUCACUCAAAUGACGGUGGGAACAUCGUUUACUACGAAGUGAUGGUGACUGGAAAUCUUGGGAUCCAAUGGAGGCUGAAACCAAAUGUUGUUCCAGUUGAAAAGGAAAAAAAUAAACUGAAGCGAAAGAAACUAGAAAAUAAACACAAGAAGGAUGAUGAGAAAAACAAAAUCCGAGAAGAGUGGAACAAUUUUUCUUACUUCCCUGAAAUCACUCACAUUGUAAUAAAGGAAUCUGUGGUCAGCAUCAACAAGCAGGACAACAAGAAAAUGGAACUGAAGCUCUCUUCCCACGAGGAGGCCUUGUCCUUCGUAUCCUUGGUUGAUGGCUAUUUCCGGCUCACGGCGGACGCCCACCAUUACCUCUGCACCGAUGUGGCUCCCCCACUGAUCGUCCACAACAUUCAGAAUGGCUGUCAUGGUCCUAUCUGCACAGAGUACGCCAUCAAUAAGCUGCGGCAGGAGGGCUGUGAGGAGGGCAUGUAUGUGCUGCGGUGGAGCUGCACUGACUUCGACAACAUCCUCAUGACCGUCACCUGCUUCGAGAAGUCUGAGGUGCUGGGCAGCCAGAAGCAGUUCAAGAACUUCCAGAUCGAGGUGCAGAAGGGCCGCUAUAGCCUGCAUGGCUCGGACCGCAGCUUCCCCAGCCUGGAAGAGCUGAUGAGCCACCUCCGGAAGCAGGUCCUGCGCACAGACAACAUCAGCUUUGUGCUCAAGCGCUGCUGCCAGCCCAAGCCUCGAGAAAUCUCUAACCUGCUGGUGGCCACGAAGAAGGCCCAGGAGUGGCAGCCCGUCUACCCCAUGAGCCAGCUGAGUUUUGACCGGAUCCUCAAGAAAGAUAUUAUACAAGGUGAGCACCUCGGGAGAGGCACAAGGACACACAUCUACUCUGGGACCUUGAUGGACUACAAAGAUGAUGAAGGGACUUCUGAAGAGAAGAGAAUAAAAGUGAUCCUCAAAGUCCUGGACCCCAGCCACAGGGACAUUUCUUUGGCCUUCUUUGAGGCGGCCAGCAUGAUGAGACAGGUCUCCCACAAACACAUCGUGUACCUCUACGGCGUCUGUGUCCGGGAUGUGGAGAACAUCAUGGUGGAAGAGUUUGUGGAAGGGGGGCCUUUAGACCUCUUCAUGCACCGGAAGAGCGAUGUCCUCACCACACCGUGGAAAUUCAAAGUCGCCAAGCAGCUGGCCAGCGCCCUGAGCUACCUGGAGGACAAAGACCUGGUCCAUGGGAAUGUGUGCACCAAGAACCUCCUCCUGGCCCGUGAGGGUGUCGACAGUGAGUACGGCCCCUUCAUCAAGCUCAGCGACCCAGGCAUCCCGAUCACUGUGCUGACCAGGCAAGAGUGCAUAGAACGCAUCCCCUGGAUUGCUCCUGAGUGUGUCGAAGACCCCAAGAACCUGAGUGUGGCUGCUGACAAGUGGAGCUUCGGCACCACGCUCUGGGAGAUCUGCUACAAUGGCGAGAUCCCCCUGAAAGACAAGACGCUGAUCGAGAAAGAGAGGUUCUAUGAAAGCCGGUGCCGGCCGGUAACACCCUCAUGUAAGGAGCUGGCUGACCUCAUGACCCGCUGCAUGAACUACGACCCCAACCAGAGGCCCUUCUUCCGAGCCAUCAUGAGGGACAUCAACAGGCUGGAGGAGCAGAAUCCAGACAUCGUCUCAGAAAAAACGCCAGCAACUGAAGUGGACCCCACGCACUUUGAAAAGCGCUUCCUAAAGAGGAUCCGGGACUUGGGAGAGGGCCACUUCGGGAAGGUUGAGCUCUGCAGGUACGACCCCGAGGGUGACAGCACUGGAGAGCAGGUGGCUGUUAAAUCUCUGAAGCCGGAGAGUGGAGGCAACCACAUAGCUGACCUGAAGAAGGAGAUCGAGAUCCUGAGGAGCCUCUACCACGAGAACAUCGUCAAGUACAAAGGCAUCUGCACGGAGGACGGAGGAAAUGGUAUCAAGCUCAUCAUGGAAUUUCUGCCUUCGGGAAGUCUAAAGGAGUAUCUUCCAAAGAAUAAGAGCAAAAUAAGCCUCAGACAACAGCUGAAAUAUGCUGUUCAGAUUUGUAAGGGCAUGGACUACUUGGGGUCUCGGCAGUACGUUCACCGGGACUUAGCAGCAAGAAACGUCCUUGUUGAGAGUGAACACCAAGUGAAAAUUGGAGACUUUGGUUUGACCAAAGCGAUUGAGACUGAUAAGGAGUAUUACACUGUUAAGGACGACCGCGACAGCCCCGUGUUCUGGUAUGCUCCAGAAUGCUUAAUUCAGUGCAAAUUCUACAUCGCCUCUGACGUCUGGUCCUUUGGGGUCACCCUGCACGAGCUGCUUACUUACUGUGACUCAGAUUCCAGUCCCAUGGCCUUGUUCCUGAAAAUGAUAGGCCCCACUCAUGGCCAGAUGACAGUCACAAGACUUGUGAAUACAUUGAAAGAAGGAAAGCGCUUGCCAUGUCCACCCAACUGUCCAGAUGAGGUUUAUCAGCUUAUGAGAAAAUGCUGGGAAUUCCUACCAUCCAAUCGGACAACCUUUCAGAACCUUAUUGAAGGAUUUGAAGCACUUUUAAAAUAAGCAUGAAUAACAUUUAAGCUCUACAGUUUAUCAAGUCCUCCUCCCCCAGCAAAUGCCCAAGCCAUUUAAAAAAAAUUUUUUUAAUGAAAAGUUUAUAUUCUAUCAAAAAUUCCGUCAACCAUUGAGUGUGUGCGUACAGCAUGCUGUGGCUCUGAGUGUGUGUGAAGACUUCCUCUGUAAGUUUGCACCAGUAACGCAGUGACAGUGAUGACCCAACAUUGGAACGCACUCAAACCCUCCUUCUUUUGGAAAGACCGUGCCACCAUUUCAUCUGCUUUUCACCACCACAGCUGCACACCAGGUGGGGUUUACUGAGACAGGAAGAAUACUGAUGUCUCACAGUGAUUGCUUUUCCUAGUUGCCCGUUGACCCAAAAUGUUUUCUUGGCACAUUAAUCAUAGGUAAAGAUUGAUGAACUUAACAGAUUCUCAAACCUGCCCUCAAAUAUCCAUGUCUACACAGUGAUAGGCUAUGCAUUCUCAAAAUAUUAGAUGCCAGCUAGUAUACUGUUGUUUCUUUCCAAAAUGACUUCUGUCACAGUACGAUUUCAAUCUUGAGUAGUUUUUCCAGGGGCUUGGCUCCUGUUCCCUUGGGUGGCCGCUGGUACCCAUUUUUGAGAAACCUGGUCACACAGUGGGCAGUCUUGGGACAGAUUCUCCGCUGCAUGUUAGCUCUCGAGAACUAAGCCAGCGCCAGCACCGUCCUAAGCCACACACCUCUCAUCAGGGCUGCCUCCCGAAACUCAGAUGCUAUCACACACGCUUUUAAGAAAAUCAUGUACAUCCUUUCGUAACUCUGCCACUCAGGGGUGAGCUGUCCCAGCAGUGGCUCUGAAUGCUCUUUGCACUCAGAAUACCUACCACAUACGUUGUGCUGUCCCUGUAUGCACCGCCCUCUACAUGGGUCAUCACUGCUUUGACCAUCACCCUACAGUGCAAGACUUGAAAGAAGACCCAGCUGGGGGUACUCUGGAGUUCAGUUUGCUGGGGGUACUCUGUUUUCAGUUUGCUUGGGGGUAGCUGUGUAAUCCAAAAUAUGUAGUCUCUGAUUCAAUGUGAACCAUAAACAUCUUUCUGACCAAGAGCCUAAAAAACUUUGUUCAUGCUGUCUAGUAUUUGUUCAAUAUCAUUAGUUUUCACCUGUUGAGCCCCAAAAGAGUUCAGGAUUGAGUCAAGGGCAACAAUAAACUUGCCAUUUAAAUUUGUCCAACAGCCCAACAUCACCAAGAUCUCUGUGUCAAACCUGUGGCCUCUCUAUAUGCACUUUGUUUACUCUUUAUACAAAUAAAUAUACUAAAGACUU